ACCAUUACCCAACCCUUCCACAACGGCAAAGCAAAACGCGCCGCACCCACUCACUCCCAUCACCCUCGACCUCGAGCUUCUCCUUCCUCUCAUCGUUGCCGAGCUCGUCCCUUACUUCCGUCUAGCCACCGGCCUUCUACCGCCGCCGUCGCAGCUUCCUUCCCCUCCAUCGUGCAACCACCGUUUGAGCUUCGAAACCACCGUCGCCGGUUUCGCCUCCUGCCUCCGUCGCACAGCCACUGUCCCGCAGGCGCCAUAGAGACGAGAAAGAGAUUUUUAUCUGGUUCUGAGAUUACAGGCAGGGGUAGGGGGACCACGGACAAGUGUGAAAAUACCAAAAUUUUGGUGGCAUCUAGGAGGAGUGUGAAGCCUUCCAUGAUUGAGCUUCACCGUGCUACCCUUCAGUUUCAUGGCUAUGCCCCUGAAGAUUAGUCCCUGUCGCCACCACUGACAGCCUCCGCAUACUCCUUCCCUCAUCGGUGGCUGAGUUACUUGCUGCUGACCUGCUGCUCACUCCUUCCCUCCGCCGCAAUCACCGCUUCUUCCUCGUGAUCCAGGUAGAAGAGUGAAAGAGAAAAGGAUCGGAGUCAUUGUACAAAAUGCUUCAGCACCAAAUUGUGCAAUCCCCUGCUAGGCUAGGCCUCACAAACCCAAAUUCACCAUCCAUUCCGAAUCCUACUCCCCCAAAGCUCCCUCCCUCACAGAGCCAUCAUCACCAGCCCCACCUAGACCGCCACGCAGCUGGCCCUUCUGCAGCUCUGCUCUCUCUUCUCCCACCUCUCCCUCGAGCACAAGCACUUCUUCAACAAAUGGCUUCCUUAACUUCUAAGCUCUUUGAAGUUUCACCCAACAGGUCACUUUGGGUCACUGCAUUCCGAGGAUCCAUCCCCACCUUCCUUUCUACCCAAGGCCAAGCUCAUUCAUCUACCCCACAUGAUUCUUCUCCUUCCACAACCAAAGAAGUUAUUUCACAAUUCACUAUUCUUCAAACUCAGAUCUUUGAAGCUGUCGCUGAACUCCAAGAGAUUCUUGAUCUGCAAGAUGCUAAGCAGAAGAUUGAUCGGGAAAUUCGCUCAAAAGAUUCAGCACUUCUUGCAUUUGCCAACAAACUCAAAGAUGCCGAGCGGUGUCUCGACAUUCUUGUUGAUGAUUACUCUGAUUAUCGCCGCAGCACCAAGAGGUUGAAAUCAGGAGAUGACAGUGAAGAUGAUUCUUUGACAUCCUCAACUGUCUCAUCCCAGCUGAAGCUAUCAGAUAUAUUAUCAUAUGCUCACCGGAUAAGUUAUACAACCUUUGCGCCACCAGAAUUUGGAGCUGGGCAAGCUCCUUUGCGUGGUGCACUGCCACCUGCGCCACAAGAGGAGCAAAUGAGAGCUUCACAGUUAUAUAACUUUGCUGACCUUGAUGUUGGAUUGCCUAAAGUUGUUGAAACGAAAGAGAAAACAAUUGAGGCCAUUAUUGAGCCUCCACCUCCACAGCAAGUGGAUGCCAAUUUGUCUGCAAUUCAAGGGUUGCUUCCACCAAAUUUUACAGUUCCGCCUGGCUGGAAGCCUGGAAUGCCUGUGCAAUUGCCUAUUGAUCUUCCACUUCCCCCACCUGGGUGGAAACCUGGGGAUCCUGUGCCAUUGCCACCCAUGGACUCACUUCCUGCACCAAGGUUUGAGCAGCAACAAGUACCCCAUCACAUCCCUCAGCCUAAGCAACCUGAAGUCAUUCAAGUGCAGCAUGUUAAUUUGGAUCUUGACGGUAGUGAUAGUAGCGAUUACAGCAGUGAUGAAGCCAGCUCUGAUGAUGAAGAUUGAGAAAAUGAUGAAGCUCAUUACCUCAAACUGACAAUUGUACAGGUUUGUGCACAAUCUUGAUGAGGAUUGAGGAACUUUCUGUUACAUGACAUGCCAAUCAUCUCUAUUAGUGGAACAGCGGUUGGAUAGAGGAUAAAUUGCCUUGCCUUUCAUUACAUUCCAACAGUGGCGAGCCUUGAUAGAGGAUGUUUUCUAACUCAACAAUAUUUCGUCCCUCUCAGUCUUCAUGUUAAUUUACUGUAGAAAUCAAUCCAUUAUCUAACCUAUUUGUGUAACUGCUUCUGUGUAUUUUGUGCCCUAGACCGUUAGAACAUUGCUUAAUUUCUGAAUGGAACAUGUAGCGCACUAAAAUUUUUGGGUGCUUUAUGUUCACAGCUUAUAAGGAAACAUCAUUAUAGAUAAGUUACUAGUUGGUUAGAU